AUGAAGACCGAAAUGGUUGAAGGCGACAAACUCAAACUCCGCUUGAAAAUAGAAGUCCUCGUGUUAGCGCAAUGCCACGAAGUAUCUGAUCCCGAGAAGAAAAGUCACUUUGUCGAGUUCGUUGAUCGCGGGAAAACCGAUAAAUUCAAGUUUCUGGUCAUGGGCCUAGUGGGCAGUUCGCUUGAAGAUAUUCGGCAUAAGGUCCUAUAUCGUGACUACUCAAAGCCCACCGCCAUGAACUCUUCGUUGCAAACAUUACAAGCGAUAUGGGAUCUUCACGAAGCUGGUUACUUACAUAGGGAUAUUAAGCCACAAAACUUUGCUAUUGGACUUGGGGAGUUUGAGAAAGUCAUUUACAUGCUUGAUUUUGGCAUAGCAAGAAAAUAUAGAGUCGGUGAAACAAAACGCGUAAAGUGA